AAUGAUUUUAGUGUACAACAAGGAGGUGGGUAAACACGUGGUUUGUUAAUUUACAUAUAAAGUGUGAUCCUGAGUUUAGCGGCAAUACAUCAGAAUCCAGUGGUCAUUACAUGAGCCUUUGUAGAGUUUAGAGCAGUGGCCACUAGAUGGCGGUAUUUAGCUGUAUCCUCCUCGAGAGUCACGGCACCGCAAAUUAACCUCGGCUUUUAUUCAGGCUCCAGUUAUACAGCCUUGGCGUAUUAGUAACCACACAUCCAGAAAUACACGGUGAUCUGAAUUGAAGGAUAUUAACACCAAUAGGUCUGUCAUUAAAAAAGAACAAUGUUGCUGAAAAACAGAAAAAUGCUGACUAGACCCGUGUGGAUACAUGGAUAAGCCUGUUUGACUGAGGCGUAUUUAAAUUUUAAACCCGCCUAUGGGAUAAAAAAAGUCGAUACGUACGCACGUUAUAUAAAACGGUGGACAAGUCGAAGGAGAAGAACCGUAAAUGUGUGCUGCUAUGUAUUUAUAGGUGUUGGUUAAAUGACUAUCACGAACAGCGGGGACAGAUUCUCAGCAGCUUCUAUGCAAAUCGCCCUCAUCGGCGUGUUUUCAUUGGAGAGCAGCGUGGAGGUGUAGUCGCGAAGGCGUGACAUCAUGCCAAUGCAGCUUUAUGAACAAAGUGCGCUUCUCCUGCUCGGGCAGAGGUGCGUCCAGUCCUCCGGCGUUCGUGGAGUUGUGGUUCGCGUCUCCCGGAGCAGGCUGAGCGCUGCAGAUUCAUCCCUCCGCACAGUUUGACAGGCUGGGAACUGUUCGUGCGAAUUUUGCUGAGGUCAAACUUUGGAAUUACUCCUGUUUCUUUUCUUUACCCCCCCCCCCCCCCCAAGUGAGCGCAUGAAAUAGCUGUGGACAUUUUGAAGCGCAUUCGCAUUUGGGACUGCAGAAAAUCCCCAUGGAUUUCGUCAGCGACUUCGAUUUAAUGAAGUUCGGCGUCAAGAAGGAGACGAUGCAGGCUGUGGACCGCUCCUUCGCCGCGACCUGCAACCAGAUCCAGAGGCCGGACUCGGUCUCCUCCACGCCCGGCAGCACGCCCUGCAACUCGGUGCCCUCGUCGCCAAACCUCAAUCUCAGCGAGCAGAGAAACAACCCCGCGGGCGACCCGUUCUGGAUAGCGAACAACGGGGGUUACCCCCAGCAGAUGUACCCGCAAGCCUUCGGCCUGACACCCGAGGACGCGGUCGAGGCCCUGAUCGGCGCCACGGCGCAGCAGGGACACCCGGCGGCGCCCCACGGGCACCACCCGCCACCCUUCCAGAGCGAAUACGAGGGCUACGGCCACCUGAGCGAGCCGGUCCAGCACUACCCGGGCCUCCCGGGCCACCCCGACAUGCAGGGCAUGCCCGGCAGCCACUGCCAGGACCCGUACGUCAAAGACGACAUCAGGAGCGUGUCCCCCCAGUCCCCGGACGACCAGCAGAUCCUCGGCGCGCACCAUCACCUCCAGCAGCAGCAGCCGCAGCAGCAGCAGCACAGCCGCCACGACCGGCGGUCCAACGCCGACGUGCACUUCUCCGACGACCAGCUGGUGUCCAUGUCGGUCAGGGAGCUCAACCGGCUCCUGCGGGGCCUCAGCAAGGACGAGGUGAUGCGCCUGAAGCAGAAGCGCCGGACCCUGAAGAACCGGGGCUACGCGCAGUCGUGCCGCUUCAAGCGCGUGCAGCAGAAGCACAUCCUGGAGCACGAGAAGACGAGCCUGGUGUCACAGGUCGAGCAGCUCAAGCACGAACUCAACAGACUCGUGCGCGAGCGGGACGCGUACAAACUCAAGUGUGAGAAACUGUCCGGGGCGAACUGCUUCCACGAAACGGGCUCCACCAGCGACAACCCCUCGUCCCCCGAGUAUUUAAUGUGAGUUCGUUGGUUCCCUGCGGGACUGAUGCUUUUCCAUAGGUUGGCGUUCAUCUCAGCUCAUCAUGCUCCUUAACAAACUAUCUCAUGGAUUCAUCAAGCUUUAAUUAAUGUUGGAUAUAAGGACAUUACUGGGAUAAUUAUAACGGGGCCUACGUAGAUUAGUUUAUGGCUGGAUUACAGCGAGCGAUGACGCGUGCAUGCAGGACAUGUCAGCUAUCAGAUAUUUUUAUUUUAUACGGGCAUAUACAGACAUAUUUUGUCUAAGCUAUACUUGAAAUGAGAGAUUAUCACCUUUUAUUGAUAUACAGCUUUAAUCAUUAAGCUUUAGUUACUGCUCAGUCUUUUAUUCUUGAUUCUGCUUUCUUCUCUAGUUGUUUAUCUAAAUUCAUAUUGCUUCCUUCUUGAAUUAGAAAAAGAAUUAUCCCAAAAAAUGACAUUUAUAUUAUUUUUAAUGAAACUGAUUCUGCUGGACAGACGCGUUUCUUAUUUGCUUUUUUUAAAUAAUGUACAAUUAUGCAAAUUGUGUUUUUCACUGACUAUGUUUUUUUUUUCAUUUAUG